AUGGUCUUUCAUCGUAUCCGACACGCGCGGGCCAGCUCCCCGUCCGCGUCGUCCAUUCCCUCGUCCCUAGCCACCUGGCUCUGCACCCGACGGGUUUUCUUCGCCUCUCGCUUCGCCUUUGCCGUCGCCGCCGCCUCCAUCCUCGGCUCAAAAGUCGUCCACGUAUACGCCCAUCGCGAGGCCCUCGCUCCCUCCGACGUGCUCGCGUACGGCCUGUCCUUCUUUGCCCAAGAUGUCAUCCUUCUCCUCGUCCUCCGCCUCCUCCUCGACGCCCAGUCGUCCUUGGCCAUGCGGCCCCUGAGGUUCCUCGCCGCCUCGCUCGCUUCCGCAAUUGUCGCCUUGUCCCUGGUUCUCGCCGCCACCAGCAUCUCCUUCUUCCUCGUCGCCGGCACUGAGCUCCACUGGCGCAACGUCGGCGUCGCCGGUGACUCGUCCUCGUGGGCCAUGCUGCUCUCCGGCCUCUUAUCCUGCUCCCUCACCGUUGGCUCCAUCCUCGUCGCCGCCUGGCUCCUCCAGGAUACGUGCUUCGUCAUCACAAACGCCGCCCUUGCCAUCAUCCAAUGGCCCUUUGUCUUCCUCCUCGCCAAGCUCUCGAAACGCUGGAGCGCCCGGCGAAAUGUCAGCUACCAGCACGUCCCCCAGGAUGAUGUCGAGGGCGGCGCUUCCGAGCGCAAGAUGCUCGACGACGUCAGCUGCGAAGCCUCCGACAAACCCGCCCACGCACGCCCGGCUCAAUCCAAGUGGUUCACCUGGCUGCAUGUCGCAGUCGGCGCCUCGCUGCUCACCCUCAUCGUCACUACGCUUUCUCGCCCCGAGGACAACUCCCUGGUCUUCAUGUCCUGGACACUGCCGCUGAUGCCCUUUGUCGACCUAAUCAACGCGUCCCCCAGUCUCGCCGACCUGAUCCCCUCGUACGGCACCGAUAUCAACGGCGACCUUGGGAACCGCACCGCCCUUGCCGACCCCGUGCCAUUUUCCUGGCUGCCCAAGGACACGCCCCUGCCGGGAUUCGAGGACUGGUACGAGAAGAAGGAGCACUACCGCGCAGCCGACGAUCCCCUCCGAAUCUCCAACCUGGACCACGGUGUCAUCAGCGAGAUCAAGAGCAAGCUCAGUGACGUCAAGAUCCGCCAUGUGGUGCUCAUCAAGCUCGAGAGCACACGCAAGGACGUCUUCCCCGUCAAGAAGAGCGGCACCAUCUGGGACGAGCUCAUUGGCACCUUUAAGAACAAGUCGAUGCCCGCCGAGGCCCUCGAGCGCCUCGCCACGCUGACCCCGACGGCCAACAUGCUCACCGGCGACUAUGACGAUGGCUUCACGCACCCGACCCAACCACGCCGCGGCGGCAUCAACGCCAACAACGUCCACACCACCAGCACCUAUACCCUCAAGAGCCUGUUCGGCACCAUCUGCGGCCUGUACCCGCUUGUCGCCGACUUCAACGUCGACCAGGCGAACCACGUCUAUCAGCCAUGCCUCCCCCACAUCUUCAAUGCCUUUAACCAGCUCGACAACCAAGAUGAAAAGCCAAGCGACGACAAGCCCAAGGAUGGGGACGACUUUACCUCGUACAACUGGACGUCCAAGUUUAUGCAGUCGGUGACGAUUGGAUACGACAAGCAGGACGCCGAGAUGCCCGUCUUGGGAUACGCCGCCGAGAAUGUCGUCCACAAGGAGUAUCUGCAGGGCGGCAAAGCCAAGUUCGGCAAAGUCAACAUGAGCGACAUCAACUACUACGGCAUGCCCGAGGUGGCCAUCAAGGACUACAUCCGGGAUGCCUUCGCCGAGGCCAAGAAGAACAAGGAGCGCGUUUUCCUGUCGCACCUGACGAGCACGACCCAUCAUCCCUUUGGCAUGCCCGAGGAGGAAAAGUACGUUCCUCUGACGGCCGAAAAGAAGCUCAACGACCUGUCGCACUACAUGAACGCCGUCGGCUACGUCGAUCGUUGGCUGAAGCAGAUUCUCGAGAUCCUCGACGAAGAGGGCGUGGCCGACGAAACGCUGCUUGUCCUCGUUGGCGACCACGGCCUGUCCCUGCCCGAGACUGGCGCCGUCACGCCCUAUUACAACGGCAACGUCGGCAACUUCCACGUCCCCCUGGUCAUGUCGCACCCCAAGCUGCCGCCCGUCGACAUCAACGACGCCGUCGUUUCCAUGCAAAUCCUGCCCACCAUUCUCGACCUGCUCGUCGAGACGGGCUCUCUGCCCAAGGGGGCCAGUCAGGCGGCGCACGACUUGAUGCACAACUACGAGGGUCAGUCCCUGAUCCGACCCCAGCGCAAGGUCUCGCUCGAGACGGGCGAGGCCAACUGGCUCUUCACCGUCAUGAACCCCGGCCGCGCCACCGUCGCUGUCCGAGACGCCCGCCGACCCGAGUGGCGUCUCAUCAUGCCCGUCAUCGACGAUGUCGAGUGGCGUUUCACCGACACGGUCCAGGACCCGCGCGAGAACGACGCCGUAGUCGCAUUUGCCUUCCCCCCGUUUCUGGAAAAGGUGGAGAAGAAGCACGGCAUCGAGGCCGCCCAAUGGACAGAGAGGGCGGCCUUUAUGGGCCGUUGGUGGGUCAAGGACAACGGCAGGCGUUGGCGUUACAAUGCAAAGUGA